AUGUCUAAUCGAAAUUUGAAUGCUCCACUUAAUCAUCACACAGAGCAAACAUAUUGGGAUCGACGAAGCUCCUGUUUCAUGCAAAAUCCUAUCCUCAACAAUCAGCCGCCUCAAUUCGAUCCGUUCAGGGGCCCCGAGAUUUUCCAUAUGGCACAGCAAUUCCUGCAAGCGCAACAAGCUCAACAAGCUCAACAAGCUCAACAAGCUCAGCUUACUUAUGGCCGCAUCCCACUUGGACAAAUGCAAUGGAUGCCUACACAAAAUCUGAACAUGGUUGGGCUACAGAAUGACAUAUCAUCCUCUCGACGAUACUCGUUUUCUGCUCAAAAUCUUGCACCCAACAUUCCCGGAAGCCAUUUAGGAUCACGUGGAAGGAUGAACAAGCCGGAACGGUGUCAUUUACCUCAGGAUACCACAAGGAUUCAACAAAGUGUUCAUGCGAAGAAUGAUCCGUCGACUAGACCUAUACAUGGCAAAUGCGUCUCCUCACAACGCCUGAAUUUUGUCGGUCAAAGAGAAAUGGUUACACCCGCUCUCAUGAAGAGAGCCAGACUUCAUUUAAAAUUCUCAAAUCUUCCACCAAAUUUCACGUGCAAAGAUGUGAUUCAACAGAUUCUUGGCACUGACAAGAUGCUUGUCACUUGUCAUGGAAAGCCGGAUAUCUCACUUCAACGUGGCAAAGAUGGUUCCAUUUUUUGUCUUGCUCAAUUCAUCAACGAGAUGGAGGCUGAAAAGAUUCGUGUUUUCUGGAACGAAACGCAAAUUAUGAAGGGCAGAGAGAAGCUGAUCGUUGAAUACUUUAAUCAC